AGGAAUUAUGAGGUUUGAUUAUAUAAAUAUUAAGAAUCUUAAAUAUAUUUGUUUCAUUAUUUCUUUAAAACAAAAAAAAUCUUACAAAAGCCCAAAAAGAAGAUCUAAUCACCCAAUCCCUUUUCUUCACUUCUGUUUCAUUGGAAUGGAUCUUUGAUGAAUACAGAUUCUUUGUCCAAUGGAGUCUUUUUUAAGAUAGUUUCUUUUGCUUUUUCUAUUUAAAGAUAGUUCCCUUUUGGUUAUUGGUGGAUUAAUGGGGGCGGAUAUUAUCUCAGAUUCAAGCUCACAAAUUGAGAAUGUAAAUAAUAACAUAGAAACCCAGGUUAAUUUAAAUGUUUAUGAUCUCACCCCUGUCAAUAAUUACACCUAUUGGUUCGGUUUUGGAAUUUUCCAUUCUGGCAUUGAAGUCCACGGUAAGGAGUACGGAUAUGGGGCCCAUGACUUCCCGGUCAGUGGAGUUUUUGAAGUAGAGCCAAGGAACUGUCCGGGUUUUAUUUAUAGAUGUUCCAUCCCUUUGGGUCGCAUAAAUAUGCCUGCCUAUGAUUUCCGGACAUUUAUAGAAAGUGUGGCUUCAGAGUAUCAUGGAGACACCUAUCACCUCAUAUCUAAGAACUGCAACCAUUUUACAGAUGACAUUUCAGACAGACUGGUUGGUAAGCGAAUACCUGGGUGGGUAAAUCGGCUUGCUCGGCUAGGUGCUUUAUGUAGCUGCCUGCUUCCGGAAAGCCUUCAAGUAACGACUGUUAAACAAUUGCCUGAAUACCACGAGUGCACUGAAGAAGAUGAAAGUGAAUCUUUGAUAGCAUCCACUCCCCGGGAAUCGACAGAGAUUGACGAUGCAGAUCAAGAGAAGCAUCUGCUCUCCCCAGGUAGCGUAAGUGGGGAUGUGGCGUUUAUAAAAGAGGCUCAGAAGUGAGCAUAAGCUGCCUCGUCGAGGAAGAAAUGAAAAUAGAUGUCGGAACAACAUUGUGAUAGCCUCUCUUGAAAAUUGGGGUUUGGUUCUUGGAAGGGAUGCUGAAAGUUGGGCAGCAAUAAUAUUUGAUGCUGUGAUUGUUAAUCCCAUUGUUGUAACUUGUUUACAUUAUUCUUUUGGUGAUUUGUAUCUCUAGUUUUCUUGUUCCUGCUUGUUGGUUUCAUUUGUUUAAAUUAGUUUGGUACAUUCAAGCUUGUGCAAAUAUCCUGUAAAAUCCUAUUUAAAAUGGGAAUGAAAUGAAAUCUUGUGGUAUUCUAA